UGGCCGAUAUUUUCCCUGGAUUUCCGAUUUUAAUCAUUAUGAAUCUCCGCGUGUCCUGGUUGUCGGUCGGCGCGCUGCUGGCUACAACAAGUGUCAGCGCAUCACCAAUCGAUAUAUUAAACCUAAUAGCCCCAAAAACCACUCCUGUCCCAUCCUCCUACGCCGGCUCUCUCAAACCACGACGGUAUUACUACGACGACGACGAGACCGACGGUACUCGCAGUUCCACCAAAUCACUACUCAUCGGGUUAAUGAUUCCAGCUGCGGCUAUCAUAAUCUGUGUAACAGUCGUCCUAAUCGUCAAAUCUAAUAGAGGGGGGAGUCACAAAUCUGCUACAGCGGCGAGAGGCGGCCGUCUUUUACAUGAUCCCAACAGUCGCGUCCACAGAACGAAUAUCACCCACCCACGGCGUCCACCUACCCCUAUUCUCCCUCCAUAUACACCCGGGGAUACAACCACAAGGUGUGCCCCGCCUGAGCCUGUACGAAUAGCUGUACAUGCCGCACAAGCUGUCCCUGCAGAUGCCGGGCAAACGACAACGAGAACUGCUCCGCCGAUGGUGCCGAUGAUUACGAUUCCUGCACCGAGUUAUUCUCCAGAUAUGACUACGACUACGACCUCGACGCCUAGGCCUGGGACGCCUGCUGAUACAACAACUUCCAGUCCUACGAGAUCUACAACUGCGCUUCUUCCGGUGAGAACAUCCUCGCCUCGUCCUUCUAGCGAUACAGCAUCUACAUCGCGCCAUGAUUCUGCGACUUCCUUGACGACUUCCAGAACUACAACCAGGACUGCUCCACCACCUGCGCCGGAGCGGGCUGAAACGCCACCGCCGCCAUAUUCACGGAAUCCGGUAUAAGAACGGGCUUGCUUAUUUCCCUUGGUCUGCGACUUUGUGCUUUAUAGAUUGCUUUUGCAUAGCCGUUAUGCGAGAUGAUGUGCUUAGAGCUAUAUACCAUAUACCCGCG